GCCUUCGAGACUGCUGCAUAUAUCUUUCAAAGCUUCCCAACAGUUCGAGCUUUCACUUAUAUUUAUUUAUUUAUUUAUUUAUUCUUUUUUCUUUUUCUUUAGGGAUAUAGACCAACAACCUGGCCCAGUCUCAACUACCACAAAAGCUUCACCCGACCCGGCUUCAGGCUGCGUUCAAACAGUACUUCCCUCCCACUGACAAAAAAACGGCACUUCCCUCCCCCCGCAGCACCUGAGCAUGAUUUCCGUUGGUGAACGAUAAUUAGCCUCCCUACAAAUACAUACUUAAAGCACCACUCCCUACCGCAACGAACUGUCCGACUCUGCCUCUCUCCAUGGAUCAGUCUCAGCGCCUCCAACGCCAACGACAACGCAGGACUCGCCUCCCUCCCUUCCUCAUCCUAUGGUACCCUGAUGCACACCUCUACUAUGAAGAUUCUUGCUUCCUCGGUACAACGCUCCAUCCCUGGUUUCCUUGACUACCCAACCACAUCCGAUUAGGUAGUAUUGAAACCUGGGGUCUCUAGCAAGAAACUCAACAACCAGUUCCCUCAAACACUAAGAUGGUUGCUUUUGCCGAUCUUCUCGGAUGAUAUUCUUUAAUUGUUGCGGAGGAUCACAAGUCCACGAUCGAUUAAGUCCAUCUCCAUCUGCCAAUUUAGCCACUAUUUUGUGCCAUAAUUAAUGCCUCCCUGAAAGCAUAGGCCUCGGCUGACAAACUGGAAUUGGUUAUGAUUUUUGUUGCUGAACCAGUUAUCACUGACCCCUUCCAAUUCCUUACAACAGCUGUGGUUACUGCUCUUCCCGUUUGGCUGCAAAAAGAUGCAUCAAUGUUAAUUUUCAACCAAUCCUUGGGAGGCGCUAUCCAGAUUCCAUGUUAAAGGCAGUGGGGUCAAUGAAACUAAGAAUUGAGUGAGCAGCGUACAUGGCGUGUGACUUAGGGUUGAGGCUCGUGAUUGAUCACAUGAUGAAAAAGGAAAAUAGAAGAAUAUUAUUUUCACCUCAAUGAAUUAUAGUAAUUUUGUCUUUAUAUUCUAUCUAUGUAGCUAUACCCAAGAUAAUAGUAGCGGUAGUUGACGUGUGCAUUCAUCCGUGAACGUGAUCUUAUUUAAUUCCUACCGCGCCAUCCAGCGCCCUUUACAUACAUAGUUACACACUCACUCUCUUUCUUUCUCUCUCUCUCUCUGGCAGUUACAGAUGGUGUUCCAUCUUCUGUAUCUGCUGGAUUGCAUGUGAUACAGAAGAAGAUCAGAUGGGGAAGAAGAGGGGAAGCUGGUUCUCUUCGGUCAAGAAAGUUUUCAAGUCAUUCCCUAAGGACUCCAACUCACCCCUUCCACACAACAAGAAGGAGAAUAAUGAAGACAAGUGGCAGCAGGAAGCAGCAGAAGUUGUGUCUUUUGAGCAUUUUCCUGCAGAGAGUUCUCCUGAUGGAACUAAUGAGGGUAGCACCACAUCCACUCCAGUGGCUGAGGACAGAAAUCAUGCCAUUGCCUUUGCCGCUGCCACUGCCGUAGCUGCUGAAGCUGCUGUGGCAGCUGCUCAGGCAGCCGCUAGAGUUGUGAGAAUGGCGGGUUAUGGACGCCACUCCAAGGAGGAAAGGGCUGCAGUACUCAUUCAAUCGUACUACAGAGGAUACCUUGCUCGACGUGCACUGCGUGCAUUGAAGGGAUUGGUGAGGCUGCAGGCACUUGUGAGGGGACACAAUGUGCGGAAGCAAGCGCAGAUGACAAUGCGGUGCAUGCAAGCAUUGGUUCGAGUUCAGGCAAGAGUAAGGGCUCGUAGAAUUCAGUUAAGUCAUGAGAAAAAGAAGCAAGAGGAGAGACAACAUGAGGCUAGAAUGAAGAGGGAGAGAGCUCUUGCUUACGCCUUCAACUACCAGAAGAGCGAGACUGCACAAUUGGAUUGGAACUGGUUGGAGCGUUGGAUGUCAUCACAACACUCACAACAACACACCGAUGACAUGUCCCAAGAGAAAACGGUUCAGAUGGACAUGCUUGGGCCUCGUGAUCCAAUUCACGCAAAUAUGGGCCUGAUGGCCCAAGAAUACCUUGAUUCAAGCCCUAUCUCAAAAUUGCAACACCAGAGACAGCACAGUGGAGGUGCAACUGUGCCUAGCUACAUGGCCCCAACCCAGUCUGCAAAGGCCAAGGUUAGGGGUCAGGGCCAACUUAAGCAACGGCCUUCACCUGGGCCCAACUGGAACACUUCUGCAAGGAGAACCCCUGCUGUUGGGUUGGGCUUUGACUCAUCUAGCUCUGGUGGGCCCACUGCAACCUAUCAGUUUCCAAGGUGCCCAAGCCCAAAGAUAAAUGGGGUGCGGCUCCAGUCUAGACGAAUUUCUGGCGGGAGCCCAGAUCAUGUUAGUGGGGAAGAUUUUGGUCUUCUCCUUGGAGCCCAUGGUUGGGCAUGACUUGCCUUUU